AUGGAUGAUAUGAUAUCCUCGCUGGCAGUGGACCACUCAAUGCCUGUAAUGGAUCACGGAGACAUGGACAUGUGUUCCAUGAAUGUACGUUCAUACUUGCGAUCUCAGGAGAACCACUUACUAACAAUUAUCUAGAUGAUUUUUACUUGGGACUGGAAAAAUACUUGUAUUAUAUACAAAUGGUGGCAUGUGAGGUCAUUGACCGACUUUAUAUUAUCAUUUUUAGCAAUUGCUCUCCUAGGAAUGGGUUAUGAAUUAGCAAAGUUUUGGUUUACCAAAUGGGAGAAACGCCAUAUCAAUAUUAUAUUGGGUGCAACUUCCAAUUCUAACUCUCUGGUUAUAACACAAUACAAAUUGAAGCGGUCGUUGUUCUAUGGCUUUCAAGUGGGUUAUUCUUUCAUGUUAAUGUUGGUGUUUAUGACCUACAAUGGGUGGUACAUGUUAGCCGUAGUGAUCGGUGCUGCAAUCGGAAACCAUAUAUGGGGGUCACUAGCGGAACCCACCGAAUCAUCUUUGGCCUGUCAUUAA